GCACAAAAUUACAGCUGGAGGAGAAAAAUUACGCCCUUUCCUGCUACCCACACGGACUCCUACGAUUCGCAUCGCUCUCCUUCUUUUUUCCUUCACCACAAAGACACACAUCAAUCAAGAUGGAAUCUAGCUCCAAGGCUCCCGUCAAGCUCGUCAAGGUGACCCGAGUGCUCGGCCGUACCGGCUCUCGUGGUGGUGUCACCCAGGUCCGUGUCGAGUUCAUGGACGACCAGACCCGUUCCAUCAUCCGAAACGUCAAGGGUCCCGUCCGUGAGGACGACAUCCUCUGCCUCCUCGAGUCCGAGCGUGAGGCCAGACGUCUGCGAUAAAUGUCGAAUGCUGGGAGGCAAGGGGGGAGAGAAAAAGGAAGCUGGCAGUGGUUCUCAUUGGCGUGAACGGGUACGGGUCAUUUUCUUUUGGGUGUGUUCCAUCUGGACAUUACGGCCUCUUUUUGACGACGGCAUGAAACGAUGGUGUCAAAUAGCGACAACCGACAGGGCUUCAUACUACCUAGUCGGAAAUACCUAGGCUCAUUCUCAUAAAAAAAAAAAGAUAUAAAGCUUCUUUUUUUUUUGUCCAGACAUGGAAUAGCUCUUCAGCUCGAUCACCGGCUUAUUGGCUGACAGUGACGGACUGAUUAAUGGAUUGGUGAGGCGGUCAAUGCCAUGCCAUAGCUAGACAGCUGCCGUGAGGUUGCAUAAAGGUUUGCCUAGUAUUGUGGCCUAGGUUAUGGCAUCUUGAUAUUCUACACUACAGCAUUAAGAGACCUGUUAUCUGGUCAUGAUUGCACAAAUCAUGUGUUUGCCAUGAACGGA